AUGUCGGUCGCUAAAAGAGUAGCAGAUGAAACAGAUGUAAUAUUAGGCGAAGAAGUAGGUUAUUCAAUUCGUUUUGAGGAUAAAACUUCUUAAAAGACCAUAUUGAAAUAUUUAACAGAUGGUAUGUUAUUACGUGAGGCUAUGCAUGACCCUUUAUUAGAAAAAUAUAGUAUAAUAAUACUUGAUGAAGCCCACGAACGUACUCUAAACACUGAUAUCCUUUUUGGUUUAUUAAAAGAAAUUUUACAGAAUCGAAAAGAUCUAAAAGUAGUAGUUAUGUCCGCCACUAUGGACGCAGAGAAAUUCUAAAACUACUUCAAAGAUGCACCUUUAUUAGAUAUUCCUGGAAGAUUGCACCCUGUGGAGAUUUUUUAUACUCACGAACCAGAAAAAGACUACGUAGAAGCCACUAUUAGGACUGUAAUACAGAUUCAUAUGUAUGAGGAAGAGGGAGAUAUUUUAGUAUUUUUAACCGGAGAAGAGGAAAUAGAAAAUGCAUGUAAAUAAAUUAAAUAAGAAAUAUAAAAAUAAGGUGAUUCAGUAGGAAAUAUUAGCGUAGUACCCUUAUAUUCUUCCCUACCACCCUCUAUGUAAUAAAAAAUAUUCGAUUCAGCCCCUCCAAUUAAUAAAAAGGGAAUUCCUGGCCGAAAAAUAAUUGUUUCUACAAACAUUGCCGAAACUUCUUUGACAAUAGACGGAAUAGUAUACGUAAUAGAUCCCGGCUUUUCUAAAUAAAAAGUCUUUAAUCCCCGUAUGAGAGUCGAAUCUUUACUAGUCUCCCCGAUCUCGAAAGCUUCUGCUAAAUAAAGGGCUGGUCGUGCGGGUAGAACUCGUCCUGGGAAAUGUUUCAGAUUAUACACCGAGCAAUCUUUCAAAAACGAACUCAUAGAAGAUACCUAUCCUGAAAUACUAAGAUCCAACUUAGCUUCAGUAGUCCUUACAUUAAAGAAAUUAGGUAUAAACGACCUUGUACACUUUGAUUUUAUGGACCCUCCUGCUCCUGAAACACUUAUGAGGGCUUUAGAAUUACUUAAUGAUUUAGGUGCGCUAGAUGACGAAGGAGAAUUGACUAAAAUAGGAGAAAUGAUGGCUGAAUUUCCCUUAGAACCUUAAUUAAGUAAGAUUUUAUUAAAUUCUCCAUAAUAUUAAUGUUCAGAGGAAAUUGUUAGUAUAGUAGCACUUUUAAGUGUCCCUAAUAUAUUCUAAAGACCAAAAGAAUUAUAAAGGGAGGCAGAUGAUGCCAAACUAAAAUUCUGUAAUCCAGAUGGUGAUCAUUUGACUAUGUUAAAUGCUUACAAUGCCUAUAAAUAAAAAAAGAAAACUAAGAUUGGUGUAAAUAAAAUUUCCUUAAUUUAAGAUCUUUGA